AUGACGCUUACAUCAGCUGUUGAAGAGGCAGUGGCCAUCGUAGGUAUAGCAUGUGAAUUUGCUGGCGACAUUCAUUCGCCGACAGACUUCUGGCGUGUACUCGAGCAGAGUAAAGAUGUUGGCACAUCGAUUCCACCUGAGCGAACUGAUCUCACUUCGUUCUGUGCUCACAUGCUCAAUCAAGACAAGAACGACCAGUUUCACAAGCAACUGAUUCGUGCUGGCUAUUUUCUAUCGAAAUCACACUGGGAUACUUUCGAGGCAGGCUUCUUUGGGCUCUCCAACAGCGAAGCGAUCGCGAUCGAUCCGGCUCAUCGUCUGCUUAUGCUCAAGUUUGUUCAUCUAGUCGACGAUGCUGGAUAUACGAUGGAAAUGAUGAACGGGUCACGCACCUCAGUGCAUAUUGGACAGUUUUCCACAGAUCACGCAUACACCACAUACCGCAUGCAACCCGAAUGUCGAACACGGCUGCACGGAAUCAAUUCCAUGUUGUACAACGCCGCUGCCCGACUCUCCUAUCACUUCAACUUGCAUGGUCCCAAUGUGUCACUUGACGUCGCUUGUUCAUCGUCGUUAGAGGCUGUUCAUCUGGCCGUCCAAGCCCUUCGCACAGGCGAAUCAGACAUGGCAGUGUGCGGUGGAGUCAACGCUGUCUAUGCUCCGGAGAAUCUUCUCAACGGCUCGCUCAUCGGUGCUGUGUCGCCCGACGGUCGUAGUCGGUCAUUCAGUGUGGAUGCGAAUGGGUAUGCGAAAGGCGAAGGUCUCGGUCUUGUCUUACUCAAGCGACUGAGUGAUGCUGAACGAGACGGGGACCGAAUCUAUUGUGUUCUACAUGAUGUUCUCAGUCAUCAUGAUGGGAACGAGGACAAGAAUAAUUUUGUUGUUCCGUCGAGUGUUGGUCAAAAGCGUCUCCUUACUGCUAUUUACGAUCGGGCCAAAAUCGAUCCGCAACGCGUAUACUAUGUUGAAGCACAUGGUACUGGAACACCGGUAGGCGAUCCGAUCGAAGCAAAUGCCAUCGGACAGUUUUUCCAUCGCUCGUCAUUCGACCCACCAUUGCUGAUCGGAUCUGUCAAAAGCAAUAUUGGUCAUACGGAAGGCGCAUCUGGCAUAGCCUCACUCAUCAAGAUUGCUAUGUGUAUGCGGCAUCGAAUGCUUCCACCGAACAUGCACUUUACGAGCCUCAAUCCGAAAAUCGACGCUCAACGCUACAAUUUGCAUGUCGUUCAACACUUUGUGCCAUUUCCGCCAGCCACGGAUGGCACAGUUCUGAUUGGUAUCAAUUCCUUUGGCAUGGGCGGAAAUACAACGCAUGCCAUCGUCGAAGAAUAUCGACCGGUACACGGGAAGACGGUCGAUACGUUCACUACCGGUUCUGUCGUCGACGGAAACUGCGCAACUAAACAGCACUUUGUUUUUCUCUUUUCAACAAAAUGUCAAGAGUCCCUUUUCAAACAAGUCGCCCAAUUCCGGCUAUGGUUACAAGAAGUCUCUAGCCAGAUUCAUGGCGACCAGGACGGUUUUCUCGUGCACGUCUCCGAGCAGCUACUUCUCAAACGUACUAUCAGUUACAAUCACUUGGCCGUUUUUGUAUGUGCUGACCGUACACAACUAGAACAGCAAAUCGACGCUUUUCUUACUCGACAGAAAGCGCCCGGCCUUUUUCUCACAACACGUCCAACUUCACCUCCGAGAAAACUUUGUUUCGUUUACAGUGGCCAGGGUCCGCAAUGGUGGGCCAUGGGUCGGCAGUUGUACAAGAAUGAACCAAUCUUUGCCCAGUGGAUACGACGAAUCCAUAGUGAACUGGCUAAAAUUAAUCAUGAUGGUUGGAGCUUAUUAGAAGAACUGAUCGAGAAAAGUAGCGAACACGAUUCUCGUAUCAAUGACACGAAUAUCGCUCAACCUGCACUAUUUGCUAUUCAAGUGAGCCUCACUGCUCUCCUCGCAUCGUGGCACAUAUUUCCCGAUACUAUUGUGUCACACAGUGCAGGAGAGCAGGCAGCCGCUUUCGUUUCUGGUCGUGUUACCCUACAGGAAGCCAUUCGUGUUGUUUACCAUCGAUCACGUCUCCAAAACCGCAAUACUCGCCAAGGUGGUCGCAUGCUAGCCGUAUCCAUGAGUGAGCAAACAGCAAGAAGCGAACUUCUCAAGGACAUCGAACAGCAAGUAUGUGUUGCGGUCGUCAACAGUUCUCGAUCUGUCACAUUGAGUGGAGACGAAACAAUCAUCGGUCAACUGCAGGAAAUUCUCUCGACGUUGCAUCCCAACGUGUUCAAAGCUCUACUUCGAAUCGAAAACGCGUUUCAUUCGCAUCAGAUGGAUCGAUUUAAUAUCGAAGAGGAAAUGCUGUCAGCACUCGGUGACAUUCGCGGCCUUCCUCUGCAAGAUGCGCAACAAAUGUUUGACGUGAGAUGCAGUCAGGCUCGACUGUAUUCAAGCGUCUCUGGUGACUACGUGAGUGAUUGUACAGCACUCGAUGCUCAUCACUGGUGGUCCAACGUGCGACAAUGUGUUCGAUUCGCCGAUGCUGUUGGAGCUGUCAUUCGCGACAACGCUGCAGACGCCUUUCUCGAACUUUCACCUCAUCCCGUAUUGGCGACAUCGAUUCACGAGUGCUGUGAGCUCGUGGGCUUGCAGCCACUCGUUCUUCCUACACUCAAGCGAAAAGAAGACGAGCAGACGACACUUCUGACGAGUAUCGCUCAGCUUACCACAUCACGUAUGGUUUGGCAGCACUACUUCAAAUCUCGUCAUGUACGUUCCAGUGACGUCGAUGAUGCACUCUUCGAAUCCUUUCCAUCCUAUGCUUUUCAUACGAGUCCCUGCUGGUAUGAAUCUCGAGAGUCUGUUAUCGAUCGUCUUUCGUAUCGUCUGCCGAUCCAUCCACUUCUGGGCGUUCGUCAAUGGACUCGACAUACAAGUGCAACAUGGAGGAGUCUGAUCAACAUUAAUCGUCGUGAAUAUGCCUUUUUGAAAGAUCACAAAAUUCGAGAUGUUAUCCUAUUUCCGGCUUCUGCUUUUCUUGAACUUGCACUGGCCGGUUGUCGUCAGCUGUUGGCAUCGGAUAAUACUACACAAGCGACGAUCGUGUUCGAACGAGUCGAGUUUGUCAAUGCACUCGUUCUGACCGAACAUCAACUGACAGAAGUCUUCACUCAAAUCGUGACGCCGAUGCGUGAAUGGUUCAUUUAUAGUCGACCCUGGACGUCGGCCGGUCAAAGCUGUGUGCGUACAUGCGGUAUGUCGGGCGACGAUGUACUCAAUUCGUUUACGGACCCGCAUACACUCAAUCAAUACUCGCUGAGCGAGUUCACACUACACGCCCAUGGUUGGAUCAACGUGGUCGACAAGAGUAGCAUUAAUCAACAGGCGCCUCUUCUUAUCGAUGUUGCCGUUGCUCGAGAUUCAUAUGCAGAACUUGAUCCGGCCAAUAUCUACGCUCAUCUUUCCUUACGAGGCUACCAGUAUGGGCCUUCGUUCCGAUUGGUACAAUCACUGCGUGCUACAACAUCCAUCGUGGAAGCUCAACUUGAUAGCAGCAUCUUCACUCAAGAAAGUGUCCCGAGUUAUCACCUUAUUCAUCCAGCUGUUAUCGAUGCUUGCUUGCAUCCAAUUCUUGCCAUCAUGCCUGGAACGUCGACCACUCUACUUCCUGUCGCUAUUGAAAAGGUGACUAUAGCGGGAGAAACUACAACAAUUUCUUCGACAGUACAGUUGCGGGGCGCCUGCCAUGCUGGGAUUGGUGGAUUGGGCAAAGGACAAACGUAUGAAUGUGACUGCACGAUCACAUCAGGUGAUACAACGACCAACCGGCCUCUCGUCACUUUCGAGCGUUUCACUAUUCAACAAAUCGAAGGUGCACAUUCGACUUGGUCGACAUCGGACAAGUCCGUAUUCGACAAAUUGAACAUAUUAGCAAGUUCACCUAAUCGAGACUUCACGACGCAUCUAAAUACGAUCAUGGCCGAGCAUUGUCUUAAGAAACAAUGGAGUGAACAAUUGAUCGUGAGAAGCAUAGCCGAUAUUCUUCCAGCACCUAGUGAAUUCGAAAUGAAAAGCAUCCACUCGACGGACGAUGGAGAUCUGACAGAAUCAAUUCAGUCAUUCAAUGAAUUGGCUGCGUGUUAUGCUCGAAUGGCGCUACAAGAACUGCCACUCGAUUGCGUAUCCGCACAGAAACAACCGCUGCUGGCUGCCUGCCUCUCUCUCACUGUUCAUUCGAAAGUCGACAUUACCUUUCAUUCGACUCAACUCUACUUGGCACAGUUGCUCAAACGAUUUCCACGUCUCAAACCGAUAUUGACCGUUCUGGCUGGCUGUGGCCUGUGUCUCCGACAAGUUCUCACUGGUGAGCAAGAUGGACUAGAAGUCUUGUUGAAAAACGAACAGAUCAGACGAUCAUUACAAGAAAUCCAAUCGCUCAUCUCUGCUAGUCAGAUAGGUGCCAUUUUCCAAGUUCUUGAUGAACAUCUUCGAUGCACGAGCGCUAAUGUGUUGACUGGACACAAACUGCGCAUAUUCUGGCUGGGCGGUAAUAGUGCUGUCGAUGUCUUACCUAUUCUUCGCCUUUUACUAAAUUUAUCUCACGAAACAGGUCUGUCUAUCGAUUUACAUUAUGUUGACCUGGAUUCUGUUCGACUCACAGAAAUUGAACAAACGCUCAGCGUACAUUUGUCACAUGAAAGUCGCUUGCACACGACAUUCGAUGACACGUUUGACUUGUUUAACCGUGAUCAGAACAAGACAUGGAUGUUCGAAUCGUAUGAUAUCGUAUUUGCCGCGAACAGAAUGCAAGGCUGCGACCACCGUGCAUCGCUCGCUGAUGUUCGUGGUUUACUCGUUCCCAACGGUCUUCUUCUUUUGCUCGAACUUACACACGCUCCAUGCUAUUUCGACCUCAUCUUUGGUCUGUUUGAGCAGUGGUGGUCACCAGCAGACAAUCAACGUGCUCUGCUCAACGCUCAGCAAUGGACAACAGCGAUACAACAGAUAGGCGGAUUCGAAACAGUACAAGUCGUUCCGAAUACAUUUGGUAAUUCUUUUAUUGUAGCGCAGAAAUCGCUCUGCCUCGAGAUUCUGCAGACACUCGAAGAGCGCCAACGUCAAGCAUGGAUCUUGUUUAUUGCCGAGACCAAUUCUAACAUUAGCGAUACUCUUUCAUCUCUUCUACCGUCUUCCAAUGUCACAUUGAUUCAUCCGUACGGCUCGGAUGAGGAGCAGAUUCGUUUGAAAAUCGAACAAGUCAUGCUAUUAUAUGAACAAGUUCACAUCGUCUUCGCAUGGCCGCUCGAUCAGAUCUCGGCCAAUGACAACAGCGAAAUAGCAUUUGCGCAACUAGAGACUCGUCUGUGUGGUACACUUGUUCGUGUUCUUCAAGCAAUACAAACGAUGCAGCCUCGUUCGUUUCCAUUUGUGUUUGUUUUAACGCGAAAUGCUCAGCCUGGUGCUGGUGCCGAAUUAAAUCCGAUCGGAGCAGCCCUCAUUGGCCUCGUACGCAGUCUCACAAGUGAAUAUGAGCGUCAUCGACUGAAACUCAUCGACUUACAGUCGCCAUGGCAGCCAGCAGAACUAUCGCCAGCUCUUCUGCGUGCCCUUGCUGAACAUAUCAUCAUGUCUCUAAGUGCAGAUCAUCUCGACGAGAUCAUUCUUCGACAGGACGAACACGACGGUUGUGUUAAACAAAUCGAAUGGCACUAUGAGAUGUUGCAAGAGCAGCAGCAGCAGCACGCCAACACCGAGUUGAAACCAGAACAAAUAUCAAUAGUUCCCCACCGAGACGCUGAUCAACAACGGUUUCGUCUUCAAAUCGCUUCGUCCUCUUCUCCUCUCGAGCACCUCAUGUGGAUUCGUGAGAAAACCACGAGUGAUCUUCGCACCGACGAACUCGAAGUUCGUAUUCACUGUGUUGGUAUCGAUUUUCGUGAUGUUCUCAAGGCGUGUGGUCUCUAUCCACAUGUGCGUCCAUUUAGUCAAUCUGAUAAAGAGCGACUAUUGUUCGAUCCAGACGCGGAAGGUGGUUUUGAUUUUGUCGGCACUGUUAUUCGUUCCGGUUCAAAUGGAAAAUUCGAACCCGGUGAUCGUGUGCUGGGCGUGUCACCACGUGGCGUGCUCCGUUCACAUGUGAUCGUUGGUAGUCAUGAAAUUGUACGCAUUCCAGAAGAAUGCAAUCAUUUGACUGACGAACAGCUGGCUGCGAUGCCGUAUGCUUCUCUCAUGGCCCUAUACUCGCUAAAGUAUCGCAUUAAUCUACAGUGUGAUCAAACUGUCCUUAUACAUGCUGCAACAGGUGCUGCUGGUCAAGCCUGCAUUCAGUACUGUCGUGCGAUCGGUGCUCGUGUCCUGGUCACGGAUGACAGUGACGAGAAAUGUCGCUUUCUCCGUGAAUGCUGUGGCAUCGAACAUGUGUUCAAUAGUAAGGACUUUUCCUUUGUAAGCGGCAUACACAGUCUACUACCAGAAGGGGUCGAUGUCAUCAUCAAUUCAUUAUCGGGCUCUCUUCUGCAAGCAUCGAUCAAAUUACUAUCGUUUCAAGGUCAUUUUGUUCAGUGGGACAAGAAAGAUGUUUUCGACAAAAGCCAUGUGUCCAUGUUUGAUUUGCGCAACGACUGCACUUUCCAUCUCAUCGACAUAAACACACUUUUUGUCAACCGACCGAACAAAUUCCACACGCUGCUCAACGAAGUCAUGGAACUGAUCAUGAAAGGUGAUUUCAAGCCGAUCGAGCCAACAACUAUCUAUGAGACGUCACACGUGAUCGAAGCAUUCAAACAAUGUAAUAGCGGCGAGGCCAUGGGCAAGUGUGUACUUCGCCUAGUGAACUCUCGGCAACUGUUGAGCUUAAACGAUCAACAAACUGGAGUGCAGAAAAAAGGCAAUCGCAGUGGCAUGUUUCCAUUAGAUGUAUGUGAGCGAAGCACGAUUCUGAUUUCGGGAGGUUUCGGCGGUCUUGGCCUCACAAUGUCUCGCUGGAUGAUCGAAGAACACGGUGUCAAACGGUUGGUUCUCAUGAGUCGGCGGACCAUCGGUCAACUUGAGCAAGCAGACAAUCCAGAAUAUGAAGAAUGGCAACGAUUGCAAUCGAUGGCCCACAAACAUGGCGCUCAUGUCGAGGUAGUACAAGCAGACGUUACCAAGUUCGAAGAUGUGCACGGUUUGAUCGAACGUCUUAACAAGACGUCUUAUCCAGUGCGAGGCAUCAUCCACAGCGCCGUCGUGCAAGAAGAUCGUAGUUUGGCGAAAAUAACUCAAGCGAAUCUCAUACGCGUGUUUGGCCCGAAAAUUCGCGGUGCUUGGAAUCUUCAUCGAGCGUCACAAUUGGCCAGUGUUCCACUUCAUUUCUUUCUACUCUUCUCAUCCAUCCGCAACCACUUGAUCGAUUUGGCAACGAGUGGCUACAAUGCUGGCAAUCAAUUCCUCGACAUUCUUGCUCACUAUCGCGCUGAACAACUCAAUUUACCUGCUCUGUCGAUCAGUUUGCCAGGAGUUAGUGGUGCUGGCAUGUUUCACCGACAUCGUCACAUGUUGACACACCUACAGCAUGCGACAGGCUUCGACUUGGUACCGACAACAGCUGUCUUCGAACUCAUUGAGCGAUUUCAUGCGAACCAAAUGACAUGUCCGUGUCCUGUUGUCUUCGCGGUCAAUUGGCAAAAGUUGUAUGAAAACCGACAUGGAAUAGGUAUUCAUCAAGUGUGUCGAAUUGUCGCACAACGGCACGCGUCCACGAGUAGCUCUUCGGCAACAUUGGCAAUCUCAUCGGACAGUACUGUUGCAAGCGAGUCGAUCUACGAUCGUCUGGAAAGCAUUGUAGAACGAACACGCGCGAUAGUAGCAUCGCUGCUCGGUACAACCAAUGUCGAGCAGAUCGAUGUGAACCGUUCUCUCGUCAGUCAAGGGAUGGACUCAUUAGCUGCAGCAUCACUGUACAACUGGUUAGGGCAGGAGACAGGCAUUUUCAUCUCACUGGCUGAGAUUCUCAAAGGAAUUUCAAUACAGUCCAUCGCAGAACAUGUACAUCGAAAGCGUCAAGCAGGCAAGCAAGCGAAUGCAGUGUCCACUGAUAGCGAGUCGAAGUUGCACAGUGAUCUAGCCGAACAAGAUGAGAUCGACAGAUACAGCUGGGUGCCCUACACAGGUACGGAAAAUAUCCUAUGUAUUCGACGUCCGUUCUGUUCCGACGAUCCCAUUCUCUUCUGCAUUUCAACCGAUUGUACUGAGCAUAGCCACAUAUCGUCACACACACUUGUCAAACGGACGCUGGAACAAUUCGGUCAUAUGUCAGCUGCCGCCUUCUACAUUCUUCAAAUAGCAUCCAUGGUGGACAUUGCGGCAAGUUCUCGUGACAUAAUCUCUCAGAUACGUCGUGUUCAACCGCGAGGGCCCUAUAUAUUAGUGGCUACGCAUGCCGAUCGUGGCGAGAUCGUUGCUGAUGCGUUAGUUAAACAACUGCAGAACUACUCAAGCACGUCCGCCAGUCAACUACUUCUUCUAAAAUUAAACUCAUUCAGUGUUUAUACUAUUCGAUAUACUAUCGAACGACGUCUUCUCAUUACUCAAUUCACUACCAUGAAUUUGAUUCCUAUUCGAAGAGCAACAGCAGCAGCAGCACCACAACGAACUGCAAGCCCGACAUUGAAUGUUUCAGGUCGAUUGCAGGCGUUAGCUUCAUUUGCUCAACAGCGUGUUUGGCUGCACGAAAAACUCUACUUCAAUCACCAGUCGUCUUCAUUGGCAAUUUACAAUAUUCUUGUACCGUUAACGAUUAAACAUGGUUCGCUGUCGGUUGAACGCAUUCGACUGGCUCUGCUUUCAGUACUCGACUACCACACGAUUCUUCGAACGGCAGUUCGUUUCAAUGGAGAAAGUGGACAGCUCGAGCAGGAAGUACAACCUCUCAGUCACGAUCUAUACUCCUUUGAAUGCACCUCGAAUGUCAACUCAUCGGAGCAGCUAGAUGCCAUGCUGACGGCUGAGUCGGUGACCAACCACUUUAACUUGGAAGAGGGCAAAGUAGUUCGGUGUCAUCUGAUGCUAUUGAGCAAGCACGGUGAUCAACAAGUGCUUCGCAAGGGCGAUCUGAUCAUUUUUUCACUCCAUCAUAUUGCAUUUGACCUGAGCUCAGUGGGACCGUUCAUUCAAAGUUUUAGUGAAGCAUGUAAUCAGACGAAACCUAUGAAAAUCGUUGGCAGAAGACCACAAUACAUUGACGUUACUCUGUAUGAACAAGCUCUACUGCGAGAUCCCAGUACCGCCGGUGCUCGACAGUUUUGGUCUACAUUACUUCGUGGCUAUGACUGGUCGAAGAAAUUUCUUCAGUCUGUUACUCUUACACAAACACACAGGAAGGUGCAGUCAGGACGCGGCUAUUCGAAAGCAUUCACUCUUGAUCCAGAUUUGGUCCACGCACAGAUGCUCUUCGCUUCAUCGCACAACAUCUCUAUGUUUCAAUUGUAUCUUACCUGUUACUACAUGUUCAUUCAUCAAUUGGAUGGCAGUUGUGACUUGUGCAUCACAGGUGCGACGGACAACCGCCGUCUGUUAGAACUGAAAUCCAUGGUUGGCAUGUUUGUCAAUCUGAUCCCCUACCGGAUUCAACUCAACCCAUGCGAGUCAUUUGCGAGACUUGCUUUGCAAGUUCAACAGUUGUGCCUUUCGAUUCUCGAACACAACCAUCUACCGUAUCAGUAUAUCAUCAAUGCUGAGAGUCACGAACGACAAGCCAUGUCUCAACUAUUCUUUCAAUAUGAAUCUCGCAUGUCUUCCAUCACACAUGGCACUGCACUAACGUUUAAUGUCAACGAUGAAAACGAUACCGUGCUGGCAGCUUAUCACGAUCGAGAUCGAUCACAUGGCAAUGGCGUGGCUCUUUUUGAUAUUACACUUACCGUGUCACAUGGCCAUUCUGAAAGAGCAACUAACUGUUUUCUGGAAUGCUCUGCAGAUCUGUUUGACGAUCAGACAUUCGUGGAUACAUUGGCUAACAGUUUUCAGCAUAUGCUUGGUCAGCUCUUUAUCGAACAUCAAGCGGAUCUUGCCACAAAGCCUAUGAAUCGACUAUCUCUGUUUCUUCCAACGGCAGCUGAUCAAAUACGGCGCCUGGCAUUUCUACGGCAGGUCAACACCAGCGAAGGUCCAGCGUCAUUCGCUCAAGCAUAUAUGUGGCUCGACGACCAUCUGAGAUUCGACGCUAGCAAGUGCAAAGUAGCCAUGUGUAACCUGCCUUUUCUUUAUCGCAUCGAAACUGGCACAUUGUCUAUCACAAGAUUACGCCACGCGUUACAACUAGUCAUCAUCAAGCACCAUGUACUACGCACUGCGCUCUUCUUCGACUCUGACAAGCAAGAACUUGUUCAACGUAUUCUUCAACCUCAACACAAUGAACAACUCUUCACAUUCGUUGACUCGACAAUCGAAACGGAUGACAGCUUGCUGACGAUCAUGCAUGAUGAACGAGGCAACUCCUCCCAUUUUGACCUUGCCAAAGGUCUUGUCUGUCGAUUACAUGUCGUACGGCGAAACUCGACUAGCAACGAUCUUGACGAAGGCGAUGCCAUCAUUUUCAACUUCCAUCAUGCAAUGUUUGACUUUCCUUCGAUGCCUAUGUUUCAUCGUGAUCUCGAACAAGCAUAUCUAAUGGGUGAACUGCAGUUAGACGACGACAAUCAACUGCGCUAUCUCGACUAUGCCAUCGCCGAGCGACAAAUGCCUAUGUCGAUGGCUCAAGACUUCUGGCUCGAAUCACUGCGCGAUUAUGAGUUCGAUCGACCCAUUCCAUUACCUUUCGAUCGACAUCGUCUGUCGGACGAACAGCGCACAGGUCGUGGCAUAUCGGUGUCAUUCGAAUUCGGUCCGGAUCUAUCACGGGCGCUUUUGGCACACGCGGCGAAGAGCGACACAACACCCGAAUACUUGUUACUCGCCUGCUACUAUGCCUUCCUAUUCAAGUUGACCAAUGGAGAGCAAGAUCUUUGUAUUGGAAUGAACAUUAACGGACGAUACAAAGAUGAGUUGCACUCAAUUAUUGGAUCCUUUGUUACAACGCUUCCCUGCCGCGUCCAGCUGGAUCCAAAUGGCUCGUUCGAACAACUAGUUGAACAAGUGCGAGAUCGAUGUCUGUCGGUUCUUGAACACUCACACUAUCCUCUUCAACACAUCGUCGGUAGUCAUCAUGCUCCGGCGUUUCUUGAGACUAUGUUCGAUUAUAUCACUAUCGACUCGGCGAUGGAACAAGUCAAUCUUGAUGGUGCACUAUUACAGUCGACGUCAUUCGAACAGUAUGAUCAUGUGGCAAAAUUUGACAUGAUGUUAACACUGUUUCAGCAUCCGUCAGAUAGGUUGUCUUGUUCAUUGAUUUGUUCGCAGGACGUUUUUAGCGAGAAAACUGUUCAGACACUCGCUGACCGAUUCGUGGUUCUUCUACAGCAACUAUUCGAUCAUGAAACUACAUCAACUCCACUCUACCAAUUAUCGCUACUUCUACCUGAUGAAAGCGCACUGAUGCUGACUCUCAAUCAGACAGAAUCUGAAGUCAUGAGUAGCGAGAAGAACUCACAGUGGCUUCCAAUCGGACACGCAUUUAAUCAACAAGCGCAGAGACAUCCUCAGAAAGUAGCUGUGGAACUCGACGAUCAAUGCUUGACAUAUAGCGAAUUGUUCAUUUAUGUUCAACGCUUGUCGAUGUGUAUGGGCCAUCGUCAGAAUCAAAUCAUUUGUCAAUGUAUCGAGCGCAGUAUUGAAAUGGUUAUUGGACAACUGGCAAUUCUUUCAUGUGGCGCUGCAUAUUGUGCUCUAUCGCCUGAUGAUCCGCCGACGCGACUUGAUGCUCUAGUAACUCAAGUCGGAGCCGAAGUCGUCCUCGUUCAUUCGAAGACCCACGCGAAGUUCGAUGGCAUGUUUCACGGACAUCUCAUCGAUGUAGGGCUCAUCGACAGUUGCACCGAUUACUCGACGAACAUUGGUACAGAUCAUUCUCUUCAUUGUGACAGUUCUCCCGACAGUCUUGCCUAUGUCGUCUUCACAAGUGGCUCCACUGGGACGCCGAAAGCGGUUCCCAUCACGCAUCGCAACUUUGUUGCAUGCAUGACUUCUUUUGAACAGCUCGGUAUUUUGACUGCCAUGGAUGUGGUCAUUCAAGUAGCACCUUCGUCUUUCGAUGUUCAUGUGAAAGAGUGCAUAGGAACAUUGAUGCUCGGAAGUUCGCUUGUUCUGCUCCAUCCGCAAGGUCAUCUCGAUAUUCAUUAUCUUUCGAGCACUAUUCAGCAACAUAAUGUCACUUUCUUUUGCAUUGUUCCAUCACACAUGACUAUUCUUUCCAAUUAUCUGAUAGAACAAAACGAAUACUCUCGUCUCCGUAGUGUUCGCAAGUUUGGCUUUCUUGGAGAAGCCAUUAUUCCCAAGACACUAACUGCAAUAGUUGCACACGUUGACAAGAACACCGUUGCUAUCUACAAUUUGUAUGGUCCUGCCGAGUGCACACUUACUUCGGUCUAUCAUCGAGUGACAAUGGACGACAUUGAGCAAGGAAGCAUACCCAUAGGCAAACCACUCAUCAACAAUCGAUGUGUCGUCGUUGAUCAGUUUUCGCAACCUACGAUGAUCGAUGAGCCCGGCGAACUGCUAAUCGGAGGCGCAGGCGUGUUUCCUGGCUACCUUGGCCAACAGCAUAUCACCGAAAAAGCACUCGUCGAGAUUCACGGCACGCAGUUUUAUCGAACGGGUGACAUCGUCCGAGUGGAUCGGAAAGGUCUUCUUCACUACAUCGGUCGUAAAGAUCAUCAAGUGAAACUGCACGGACAACGAAUCGAACUCGGGGCCGCGGUCGUAAAAUAUAACGCCGAUCAUUUGGUCGCAUACGUUCAAAGUGAUCGCAGUGCAGAAAUAGAACUACGCGACUAUUGUCGAUCUCGUUUACCACCCUUCAUGAUUCCAUCGGCGUUCAUCGUCCUCGACCAGUUUCCACUGAACUCGAAUGGAAAACUAGAUCGAAAACGUCUUCCCACACCCGACUUUUCUUCGGCAUAUAAUCGAACAGCUGAUGCUCCUCAAAAUGCCAUCGCCGAGCGACAAAUGCCUAUGUCGAUGGCUCAAGACUUCUGGCUCGAAUCACUGCGCGAUUAUGAGUUCGAUCGACCCAUUCCAUUACCUUUCGAUCGACAUCGUCUGUCGGAUGAACAGCGCACAGGUCGUGGUAUAUCGGUGUCAUUCGAAUUCGGUCCGGAUCUUUCACGCGCGAUUCUGGCACACGCGGCGAAGAGCGGCACAACAUCCGAAUACUUGUUACUCGCCUGUUACUAUGCCUUCUUAUUCAAAUUGACCAAUGGAGAGCAAGAUCUCUGUAUUGGAAUAAACAUUAACGGAAGAUACAAAGAUGAGUUGCACUCAAUUAUUGGAUCCUUUAUUACAACGCUUCCCUGCCGCGUCCAGCUAGAUCCAAAUGGCUCAUUCGAACAACUAGUUGAACAAGUGCGAGAUCGAUGUCUGUCGAUACUCGAGCACUCACACUAUCCUCUUCAACACAUCAUCGGUAGUCAGCAUGCACCGGCAUUUCUUGAGACUAUGUUCGAUUAUAUCACUAUCGACUCGGCGAUGGAACAAGUCAAUCUUGAUGGUGCACUAUUACAGUCGAUGUCAUUCGAACAAUAUGAUCAUGUGGCCAAAUUCGACAUGAUGUUGACAUUGUUUCAGCAUCCGUCGGAUAGGUUAUCCUGUUCAUUGAUUUGUUCGCAGGACGUUUUUAGCGAGAAGACUGUUCAGGCACUCGCUGACCGAUUCGUGAUUCUUCUACAGCAACUAUUCGAUCAUGAAACUACAUCAGCUCCACUCUACCAAUUAUCGCUACUUCUACCGGAUGAAAGCGCACUGAUGCUGACUCUCAAUCAGACAGAAUCUGAAGUCAUGAGUAGCGAGAUGAACUCACAGUGGCUUCCAAUCGGACACGCAUUUAAUCAACAAGCGCAGAGACAUCCUCAGAAAGUAGCUGUGGAACUCGACGAUCAAUGCUUGACAUAUAGCGAAUUGUUCAUUUAUGUUCAACGCUUGUCGAUGUGUAUGGGUCAUCGUCAGAAUCAAAUCAUUUGUCAAUGUAUCGAGCGCAGUAUUGAAAUGGUUAUUGGACAACUGGCGAUUCUUUCAUGUGGCGCUGCAUAUUGUGCUCUAUCACCUGAUGAUCCGCCGACGCGACUUCAUGCUCUAGUAACUCAAGUCGGAGCCGAAGUCGUUCUCGUUCAUUCGAAGACCAGUGCGAAGUUCGAUGACAUGUUUCAAGGACAUCUCAUCGAUGUAGGACUCAUCAACAGUCACACCGAUUACUCGACGAACAAUUUUGGCACAGAUCAUUCUCUUCGCUAUGACAGUUCUCCUGACAAUCUUGCCUAUGUCGUCUUCACAAGUGGCUCCACUGGAACGCCGAAAGCGGUUCCAAUCACGCAUCGCAACUUUGUUGCGUGCAUGACUUCUUUCGAACAGCUCGGUAUUUUGACUGCCAUGGAUGUGGUCAUUCAAGUAGCACCUUCGUCUUUCGAUGUGCAUGUGAAAGAGUGCAUAGGAACACUGAUGCUCGGAAGUUCACUUGUUCUGCUUCAUGCGCAAGGUCAUCUCGAUAUUAAUUAUCUUUCGAAGACUAUUCAGCAACACAAUGUCACUUUCUUUUGCAUCGUUCCAUCACACAUGACUAUUCUUUCUAAUUAUCUGGCUGAACAAAGCGAAUACUCUCGUCUUCGUAGUGUUCGCAAGUUUGGCUUUCUAGGAGAAGCCAUUAUUCCCAAGACACUGGCUACAAUAAUUGCACAUGUUGACAAGAACGCCGUUGCUAUCUACAAUUUAUAUGGCCCUGCCGAGUGCACACUUACUUCGGUCUAUCAUCGAGUGACAAUGAACGACAUUGAGCAAGGAAGCAUACCCAUAGGCAAACCACUCAUCAGCAAUCGAUGUGUCGUCGUUGAUCAGUUUUCGCAGCCUACACUGAUCGAUCAGCCUGGCGAACUGUUAAUCGGAGGCGCAGGAGUGUUUCCUGGCUACCUUGGCCAACAGCAUUUCACCGAAAAAGUACUCGUCGAGAUCCACGGGACGCAGUUUUAUCGAACGGGUGACAUUGCCCGAGUGGAUAGGAAAGGUCUUCUUCACUACAUCGGUCGUAAAGAUCAUCAAGUGAAACUGCACGGGCAGCGAAUCGAACUCGGUGAGAUUGAACAAUGUUUACUUGACUCGUCGUCUCAUGUUUCAGGGGCUGUGGUCGUAAAAUAUAACGACGAUCAUUUGGUCGCAUACGUUCAAAGUGAUCGCAGUGCAGAAAUAGAACUACGCGAACAUUGUCGAUCUCGUUUACCACCCUUUAUGAUCCCAUCGGUGUUCAUCGUUCUCGACCAGUUUCCACUGAACUCAAAUGGAAAACUAGAUCGAAAACGUCUUCCCACACCCGACUUUUCUUCGGCAUAUAAUCGAACAGCUGAUGCUCCUCAAAGUCCACUACAGAAACAAGUGCAUGCCUUGUGGUGUCAAAUACUGCAACGUGAAAGCGACCAGAUAUCGAUCACAGCGAGCUUCUUCAGCAUUGGCGGUCACUCUCUCCUGCUCAUGCAACUCUACCAUCGCUAUGUGACAGUAUUCGAGUUAGACGCAAAUACUCUUACCAUCGGACAGCUUUUCCAACAUUCGACGAUUGUGGAUCAUGCCCGCUUUAUCCAACUUGCUCUCCAUAAGCCUGAACACGGCAACGACUCUUGGGUAUCGCUCCAUCUCAACGAAGGUCAAGUGUCCUUUGCUCAAGAACGCAUCUUUCUCGACGAACGAAUUCGCUUCAGCUCACAAGGCAAUCGUAUGUAUACUGUUCCACUGCUCUAUCGCAUCUCGUCUAGAAACAAUCAUGUGUCGAUCNAACAAGUGCGAGAUCGAUGUCUGUCGAUACUCGAGCACUCACACUAUCCUCUUCAACACAUCAUCGGUAGUCAUCAUGCACCGGCAUUUCUUGAGACUAUGUUCGAUUAUAUCACUAUCGACUCGGCGAUGGAACAAGUCAAUCUUGAUGGUGCACUAUUACAGUCGAUGUCAUUCGAACAAUAUGAUCAUGUGGCCAAAUUUGACAUGAUGUUGACAUUGUUUCGGCAUCCGUCGGAUAGGUUAUCCUGUUCAUUGAUUUGUUCGCAGGACGUUUUUAGCGAGAAGACUGUUCAAACACUCGCUGAUCGGCUUUUGUCACUCCUGAGACAACUUUUUGCGUCUACCACACUGUGUAUGACAAAAUUACCACUUUAUCAUAUGUCCAUCAUUGUUCCAGAGGAACGACAGAUAAUAAAUGCGAUGAAGACCAAGGAUAUUAACCGUUUGCAGCUAGCGGAUGGAACCAUUCGCAAUUUAUUCAUUAAAACGGCAGGCAUUUAUUCUCAAAAGAUAGCGGUGGAACUAGAUGAACAAUCGUUAACCUAUAGCGAGCUUCUAUUUUAUGUGCAACAAUUCGCUCUUGUUCUUAUUGGUACAUACGGCGUGUGUGUAGGUGAGAUUGUUUGUCAGUGUGUUGAACGAAGUUUGUCAAUGGUGAUCGGUAUGAUGGCAAUCGAAAUGGCUGGCGCAGUGUAUUGUCCAUUGUCUCCUGAAGAGCCUGUUAGACGUUUGCAGUCUCUGGUGGAAGAAACUCGUAGUCGUCUUGUAAUCAUACAUAACUUGACACAAGAUAAAUUUAAUGCCCGCAUUUCUACUGUGCUCAUCGACGCAUCGAUGUCUACAGAAAACAUGCUAAAUACCGAUGAGCUUGAUUGUCUCUCAGGCGUUUUUCUGAACGGCAAUAAUAUAGCAUAUGUUAUUUUCACAAGUGGAUCAACGGGUACGCCUAAAGCCAUUCAAGUGCGUCAUCGAAAUUUAACGGAGGCGAUUCGCUCACAGGUAGAGAUGAACACGCUGAGCGAAAGUGAUACCUUGUUACAAAUGGCUCGAUGCUCGUUCGACGUACAUGUUGGUGACAUAAUCGGAACGUUGAUAGUCGGCGCCACUCUUGUAAUGCUCCACCCGGAUGGUCACAUCGAUUUCGAAUACCUGAGUCAAGUGUUAAUAGACCAUCAGAUUACUUAUAUGGAAGCUGUGCCCACUUUACUGACGAGUUUCUUCCACUAUCUAGAAGAAAACAUGUGCAACUCAGCCAGGAGAUUCUUAAAAUCUCUGUGCUCCGGCGGCGAGCCUAUAUUUCCUCAGCUGAUCAAAUUACUCCGAAGAAACAUUCAAACAACGUGUCGUAUUUGGAACUCGUACGGUCCCGCAGAAGCAACCAUCAAUUGUACCUUUCACCUCGUCGAUUGCGAGGAUGAGCAAAGCACUGUUCCAAUCGGCAGACUACUACCUGGCUAUCGGUGUGUUGUUAUCGAUCAGUUCUUAGAACCCGUCUUCCUUGGACAAGAAGGCGAACUCCUUGUAGGUGGUAUUGGCGUGUUCGCCGGUUACCUGGGAAGCGAUAACUUGACGAAGAAUGCUCUCAUCGACAUCGACGGCGAAUUGUUCUAUCGAACAGGCGAUCUUGUUCGGUUGAGCAGUAGUGGUGUACUUCACUUUGUUGGCCGUAAAGACUAUCAAAUUAAAUUGCGUGGACAACGAAUCGAACUCGGGGAAAUUGAACGUUGCUUACUAGAGUCUUCCCCGUUUAUUUCAUCUACUGUCGUCGUUAAAUACGACGAUCAUCACUUGGCUGCCUACAUCCAAAGUAGUAAUAUUGAAGAAAACGAACUAGCUAUAUAUUGUCGAUCACAUCUACCAUCCUACAUGGUCCCGUCGGUGUUCAUCGUGCUUAAACAAUUUCCAUUGAAUGCAAAUGGCAAGCUCGAUAGGAAACUUUUACCGAAGCCCAACUUUUCCGUUUUAUCGACUGUCACCCAUCAAAUUCAAAACAAUAAAUCCAAUUCAGAGCCCAACAACGAACUAGAAAUGUGCAUACAUUCACUUUGGUGUGAAGCUCUACAAUCCAAUCAUAUUUCUACUCACGAUAGUAUUUUCACCAUCGGCGGUCACUCUCUCAUUCUCAUUCACCUGUACGCCCGCUAUAAGAAAAUCUUUUCUUUUAAUACACGCCAUAUUACCAUUGGUCACAUAUUUCAACAUCCAACAAUAUUCGACCACGCUUAUCUCAUCCAACAAGCGCUAAAUACCGAGCAACAUCAGGAAGAAUGCUGGCCCUCAGUAAACAUAGAUCAAGGUCGAGCGUCCUUUGCUCAAGAACGCAUCUUUCUCGACGAACGAAUUCGCUUCAGCUCACAAGGCAAUCGUAUGUAUACUGUUCCACUGCUCUAUCGCAUCUCGUCUAGAAACAAUCAUGUGUCGAUC